UCUUUACAAUCAUCUUAUCUUGAUUCUAAAAAAUGUUUUUUCUGUUCUUUUCUUUCAUUGGGUACUUAAAUAUUUCAGUUUCAUUUUCUUUGACAAUGAUACAUAAAUGCCACCACAUGUGGACUGUGUGAACCAAACCAAAAGUUUUCCAACACCAAAGAGAAAGAAAAGAUGGAGAGUUCAAUGAGACUUGGGUUGAUGACUGUGUUUGCUGUAUCAGGAAGCAUGGUCCUUUUGUUUCAUCAAGUCCAUAAGCAUUUGUUCAAUAACUUCAUGAAGAAAUUUGAGUGUGAAAUUCGAGGCUCGACAAAACAUCACAGCAAGAAGAAGGUGCGAUUUGCAAAAGACGUGGUGGAACUUCCAAUGGAGAAUAAGAGUGAUCUUACAAACGUGGGAAGGGCUCAACAAGUCAUUGAGAAGGUUAUGGUUAUUGAUGAUGUUAAAAAGUGCAAGCAUGAAAGGAAAUUGAGGGAUGUCAUGCCUACUAAUAGGGCUGUUCUGUACAAAGGGAUUAUGAAUGAUAGGAAGGGGAGGUUUGGCUUUUAACUAUUUGUUCCCUUUUCCAACUUAAUUAGAAGGUUAUGGAUCGACCCACAUAAAGUAAAAUAUGUGUAGGGAUGCAUGCACUUUGCAAUGCUAUAAAUAAGCUUAUAAAUAACAUGUUGAUGUGAGGGAUAUUGAUUGUUUUUAGUGAGAGAAACUUUUUCCUUCUCUCUCUUUUUUUUAAGAAAUUU